UAAAUUUGCAAAAUUUAAGAAUUUUAGUUGACAUUUCGUUCUUUUGAAAUUAAAAAUUGUGUUCAAAGAUAUUUUUUCGUAUUUUUUUUUACUCAAAACUAUCAAAAUAAUAGACUUCCAGUGAAUUUUAAAUUUUAAGCAAAGAAGAAAUGAGUUUGAAAAGAAUUUAGAAUUUUCGAUUUGUAUGCUAUUCAUUCCAUCGCAGUGAAACACUCUUUAUUCUUGAGACUUUCAAUUGUUUCAAAUCAUGAAAAUAACAUCGUACCAUUCGACUAAACCUACGAAAAAAUUUCAAGAAACAAAAUGCUCGACUCCGAAAAAAGUCAGCUCAUGUAGACGACAGAGCGUCAUUGAGGUGUGUUUCAAAUUCCAAGUUUUUUGCUCGUUUUUGUUCAUUUUACACCGAGCUGCCAAACUAAAAAUUCCCGUAACAUCUGAAAACGAUGAGUUUGAUCUAUGGGAUCAUAACAGAGGUUUGGGUAAAAAUAGGAAACCACGCACGUGUUGGUCGCCAGUGCUCAUUCUCACCGUCAUUGUGAUGCUUGUGAUGAUAUCGCUAUUCCUUCCAAAUGGUGCAUUAACCGCUUUCAAGGAUAAAAUAUUUGGUCAUCAAGUGAAUGAAGUAGAGCCAAACAUAUGCUUAAGCUCAUGCAAUAUCGAAUUGGUUGAAAGUAUUCCCGAGGGUUUGGUUUAUCCCGACAAAAGUCCUUUAUUUCAGUCAACAUACAAAGCUUGGAAUCGCCUCAUUGGAUUGGCCAAUAAAACAAUAAACAUUGGUUCAUUUUAUUGGACACUACGCGGAGCGGACUUUUACAAUCAUUCGUCUGCGUGGCAAGGUGAAAGUAUUUUCCAGAAUCUAUUGUUGGCUGGCACAAAAACUGGCAUCAAAAUUCGUAUUGCACAAAGUCAACCGUCAAAUGUUUCACCAAAUUUGGACACCGAAAUAUUGAUAAAGCAGAAAGCAGCUGAAGUUCGUUCGUUAGACUUUCCAAAAUUAGUUGGUGGUGGUGUACUGCAUACCAAACUAUGGAUCGUCGAUGGGAAGCAUAUGUAUGUUGGAAGUGCCAACAUGGAUUGGAGAUCACUAACUCAGGUUAAAGAGCUUGGAGUAUUGAUAACCGAUUGCUCGUGCCUCGUUGAUGACGUUUCAAAGAUUUUCAAUGUAUACUGGGAUAUGGGCAAAAAGAAUGCAAAAAUUCCACAAAAUUGGCCAAUCGAGUACAGUACAAAGAUAAAUGCUUCGAAUCCAGUUCCAGUCGAUUUCAAUAAUCAAUAUAAAAUGAACACAUUUUUUUCGAGUUCACCGCCACCAAUGAGCCCCGACGGUAGAUCACAGGACAUCGAUGCCAUUGUAAAUGUGAUUCAAAACGCUGAACAAUUCAUUCAUAUCUCGGUGAUGGACUAUUUACCCAUGUUUGAAUAUACGGCAAGACCGAAAUUUUGGCCAAUAAUCGACGAUGCACUGCGUGCGGCUGCAAUUGAAAGACGUGUGUCGGUGAAGCUAUUGAUUUCAUGGUGGAAACAUUCAAGACCAGCUCAAGAUUUCUUCUUGAAUUCACUGAAGGUCAUUUCGAACUCAUAUCGUGGUGUUGACAUUCAAGUGAGACGAUUCAUUUGCCCGGCGACAGAUGAUCAAUCACAAAUUCCAUUUGGACGCGUCAAUCACAAUAAGUACAUGGUGACUGAUAAUACGGCUUAUAUUGGAACAUCAAAUUGGUCGGCCGACUAUUUCGUCGAUACGGCUGGCAUUGGAUUAGUAAUGGAGGAAAGAUCAGACAGAAAUGAGACUGUGCAGUCGAUACGCAGAGAUUUAGCCAGUGUGUUUGAACGAGACUGGAAUAGUGCGUAUGCUGUUGAACUGAAAAUACCACCGACAGAUUAGAUACACAUGUACCUGUACUACAUGACCAUUUAUUAUAAUCUCAUUCGUCAUUUUUAUAUCAUGAUUCGUAUUUAAAUUAUCAUUCAACUCAAUUUUUUCAGUCACAACAUUUAUAUUUCAACUUUGUAUAAUUUGUUAAA